AUACGGAAACUGCUCAGUAGAAGGUGAUAAGUACAUAACGGCACAGCUGUAGAUGUAGAAGUUGGGUGGUCAUGAAGGCGGUUACCAUGGAAACGGCAGAUGACAGCGGUUACAAGGCUUGUGAGGAUAUUGCCAAUGUGCGUGUUUUUGUGCCGGACCUACAGCUUGAGAAGUUUUUUCAGUUUCACCAAGAAGAGUUGGUGUGGGAUGUUAAACAACAAAUUCUAUCCUCUCUACCAAAAGAGCUAAACGAAAGUGUCAACUAUGGUCUGUUUACUACUCCGAAGAAUGGAAAAGCAGGCAAAUUCCUGGAUGAAGAAAGGCUUCUGAUCGACUAUCCGUUUAGUGAACCCGUGGGUUAUCUUGAACUGCGAUAUAAACGUCGUGUUUAUAAGAUGAUGAACACUGAUGAAAAGCAAGUUAAGCAACUACACACAAGAACAAAUCUUCGUAGAAUGGUUGACUAUGUCAAUAAUGGAAAUGUGGAUAAGAUAGUUAAACUGUGUGCAAAAGGAUUAGACCCCAAUUUUCACUGUCCUGAGAGUGGUGAAUCUCCUUUGAUGCUUGCAACGACUUUGCAUCAGCCUGCUGCUGUUCUGAUGGAACUUGUGAAUGGUGGUGCCCAUUUAGAUUACAGAAUGAAAGAUGGAAGGACUGCACUCCAUCGUGCUGUGGAGAAAAACAAUUUUGAAGCCUUAAAGAGUCUGCUUGAUUUGGGAGCAUCACCAAACUAUAAAGAUAACAGAGGUUUAACAGCACUGUACUACAGUGUCUCCUACGGCCGUGAUCCAAAACUAACAGAAUGUUUGUUACACGAUCAUGCCAUCUUUGGAGUGGCUGAUCAUCAAGGGUGGCAAGAAGUCCAUCAGGCUUGCAAACAUGGUUUAGUUCAGCAUCUAGAACAUCUUUUGUUUUAUGGAGCAGACAUAAACUCUCGCAAUGCUAGUGGUAACACCCCUCUUCAUGUGUGUGCAGUAAAUGACCAAGAAAGCUGUGCCAGGGUUUUACUUUUCCGAGGUGCCAAUAAGAAUGCACUAAACUAUGCUAACCAGAGUCCCUACCAGGUGGCAGUAAUAGCUGGAAACCAUCACAUGGCUGAAGUAAUACAAAAUCAUAGGGCUGAAGAUGUAGUUCCAUACCGAGAGGCUCCACAGUAUAAUCUUCGGAGGCGGGCCAGUGUUGCUAUGGUGACAGUUUUAAAUUGCACUGAUAGUGACCCACACUUUGAACUAGUCCUUGGUGGCAAACCACCCUCUCCUUGCCCCUCCUACCGCUCUUUGCCCCCUUUCUCGUCUGUUUCAACAAUUUCUGAGGCAUCAACUGGUUCUUCUUCCACCUGCACACAGCCAAGUGGCGAAGAUAGUGAAGAUACAACAUCAGCUAGUGUAAUAACAGAAAGAAGUAUCACUAGUGAUUCUUCAGGUGUUUGCACAAGUAACAGUGGAGCAAGUGAAUCAAUUACUGAACUCUUCCCUCCUGGCACUACCUGUGUGUGUAUGGAAGAUUAUUACCCUUGUAGUCCUACUCAUCUUCAGUUGACACGAGGAGAUAUUUUGGAUAUUGUUGGUGUCUCUGAUUGUGGACUUCUUGAAGGCAGGCUAAGAAAUGGAGUAGAAGGUUUAUUUCCAUCUUCAUGUGUUCAGGAAAUAAAGUUGAGAAAAAUUGAAGACCUGCCACCAAUUGGCCGACCUCGAGUUGAAGGCCGUAGAGAAUUGAAUACAAGAAAAACUAACACCAUUCCAAGAAAGUGGAAAGUGUAUGGAGAUGCACGAACUGUGAUCCUCCACAAAGGAAAGAAAGGUUUUGGUUUUGUUCUCAGAGGAGCUCAGUCUACAAGUCCACUGAUGGAAAGGCAAGUGACAGAUAACUGGCCAAGCUUGCAAUACCUUGAUGAUGUAGAUAGAGGUGGAAUUGCUGAUUUAGCUGGAUUAAAGAAAGGGGAUUUCCUAUUGGAGAUCAAUGGACAAGAUGUGUCUCAAGCUCCACAUGAAAGAGUUGUAGCAAUAAUUCGUCAGUCUGGAGAUUUAGUUGCCAUGACAGUAGUUUCAGUACAGACGCAGCUAACUAGAAAUGCCAGUGAUAAAUCAGAUACUGUGCAGCGACAGUGUGCCACCCUACCACGCAAACUUUCUCUUAAAAAAGCUCCACCACCACCCAGACGGGAUCCUCGAACUACUCUUUCUGUUGGUAGGGCACGAGCACGUUCCCUUGUGGCUGAACUAACAGACAUAGAGGCACUGGACAGAACAGUAAAUGAAUACGACUCUGAAGGAAGAUCAACCAAAAGUAGUUCCAUUGAAAGCAUUCCAAACAAGCCAGCAAAUUUUGUAGCAGAAAGUUCAAACAAGGUUGCUUCCAUUUAUCCUGCAUCAUGUGCGAGAGAUAUUCCCACAUCAGAAUUGGAGUGUAUUUUUUCUAACCAGAGAGAAAAGAAUCAUAUAGAGCAUUCUUUUACAGUUUCAAAAAACUUGUUUUCUUUGACUAAGAUGCCAAAGGUUUAUGCUAGCGUAGCAGCAAUGAAACGCUCAAAAGCUACACGUUCCAAGACGUAUGAUGUGGUGAAAGCACACAAAACAUUCCAUAGCACUCCAGAUCUAAGUGUUGAUGUGGAGAGGUAUAACAGCCUUAAUCAUUAUAAGAAUAAAUGUCUUAGUCAGGAAGACAUCCAUGUUUUGGAUGCCAAAAACUUUAGACAUUCAUGGGCUUGUCCUCCACACAACUACAAAAAGUAUUUUGGUUCUUCGGUCCGAGAACGUGUUACAUCUUCUUAUAAGUCUUGGAAGUCUAUUGAAGAUUUAUAUGACCAAGUUACUAGUGCAAAAAAAAUUGAUACUUUGACCAAAACUGAAGUUCCUUGUCAGAUUUAUGCAGAAACUCUGCCUCUUCACCAGAAUGAGAAAGUGCCAGUGCCACCAAGAACCAAGUGUCCUCCUCCGACAAACCGUCCACCUCCUCCUCCACAGGGACUAGUAGUGAAAGUUAAUGUUUCACGAUCAUUAGGAGAGUAUGCUAAUAUUACCACUGCAAGAAGACCCGAAUCUGCAAUUAUGUCGAGUUUUCGUCCUGGAGAUAAUGCCAAACUGCUUGUCCCUCCUGAGUCAAUGGUGCCUGUAGGUUACAAGACUACAACUGAGACUCUAAAGCUUGAGCAUUCUUCCUCAAGAGCAAGUGGAGGCUCCAGCUUCAGGUCUCAUUCCUUGCCUCCAAAGAUAUCAGGAUCAAAACUGUUAACUACAUCAAGUACUUUCUCUGAAACGGAAAAUAGUGGAGAAUCUGGGGAAAUUCAUUCCACUUUUAGAAUGUAUCACAAACAAAGAGAUUCGUUAUCCUCUGACAGUGGGUUGAUGUCUGAUAAUGGGACUCUGAAAACACAGAAGCAUCAGGUUGUCAGUGGAAGAAUUUGUCCUGCAGAAGUUCAUAAUAUUCAGAAAGCUGCAAAUUGCAAAACCUCUGAACCGUUUAUUCCAGAACCUGAUUAUGAAAGCAGUGAGGAAGAAGUUAGUUUUUCUUCCAAAGGCUUGAAAGAUCAGAAAACCUCUACUGGAGACAAAGUACAACCUACAGAUUGUUGUUCAAGAUAUUCUCACCUUCAAAAUACACAUAUGCAAGCGAUUCAAGCCAUGCAAGAAGCAAGAAUGAAACUCAGACUUGCUCAAAAUUAUCAGAGCAAAACAAGUAAUUAUGACCAUAAACCCAAUGUUAGUACUAAUGACACUAAGCAAGUGCCCAGAAGUUAUAAUGAAAGAAAUACAUAUGAUGGACAUAUAGGAACAGCACUGUUGAGAAGCAGGCAGAAUGAGUUUGAAGAAAAUUCAAAUUUAUUAGACAUCAAAACAGAAACCAAAACUGUUUCCCAAACUUGUUUGAUGUCUUUUGGGUCUGAUCACCAUGCAGAUUUAACAAAAAAUGACUAUAAAGAUUCUUGUAAAAUAGAAAGCAUACCAACAAGUCACAAAGAAGAAAUAACUGUAAAAUUUUCUCCAAGUCCAUUAAAUGAAAAGAUAUCUGUUUUUGAACAAAAAAAGAAUUCUAGUAAGUCUGCUACCUUACCUUCCAAGAAGAUUGAUGAUCUCCAUAUAGCAAUCAUAGGAGCUCAGAACAGAUCACAAACAAACCAACAGGAUGUAUCUUUGCCUUUUAGCACUUUAAUAAGAUCAUCCAAAUCAUUUCCUAAUAACUUUGAACAUGAAGAUCUUGAUAAAUAUGAGAACAGUUCUAGUGGUGUUUCAUCAGAUGUUGAAAUUCAGAAUGAGUCUACUGUGACUGGGAUCUCACCAGAAGAUGGCCAUAAAGUUAAAGGGCAAAAUAAAGAAAACUUUUCUGUCAAAAUGGAGAAGUUUGGUGAUAGUUUUACAGAAGUACUCCAAAAAGUGGAUUCUCAAAGUCUAAACAAGCAAAUUAAUACUGGCUAUGAUAGUUCUUCAUCAAUAGUUACGAGUAGAGUCAACCAUAACAAAAUUUUGGUUUCUAGCCAAAAAUCUGAAUCUUAUGUUGACAGAACUAAUCCUACUUUUGAACAAAAUCAAAAUUCUAGUUCAAAAGUUAAACUUAUCAAAACACUAGAAAAUGAAAAUAAAAGUUUUGAUGCUGGUGAGGUGGAAAGUAAUCACAAAAAGACUUUCUUAGAUAAUAAAGGUCAGUGGAGGAAAAUUGAAAAUGAAACUUCAAAGUUGAUUCAGAGUAGUGAUGAAAGCCUUCAGCUGAUCCGUCUUGAAGUAGAUUCCCUGGGUCUAGCAGCAGUGAAUGAGGUAGAUGUGCUCACUGAACUUGUUCCUCCUCCUCCAGAGUUUGCAGCAGGGCCUCCAUCAUCCAGUUCCUCUAGCAUUAGUUCUACUGACCACUAUCCACCAAUGAUAGCACCACCUCCUGAAUUUUACUAGUAAGGUUGUACCUACUCUCCAGAAAUUAUUAAUCGAUAGCAUUUCAUGGGUCAAAUGAGUUCUCUCAAUUAUCAGGUGACUAGUCAUCCCUGUCAGGACUGUUCACACAACAGUCUUAGUGAUACUAUGGUUUCCCAGUUUUCACAGUGUAUUGAAAAGACAUACAUGGAUAGUCCCAUAUGCAAACUAAAAAUUCUCAUUUAGUACAUCAAUAAGACGUCUUAUCCUGUAACAUCUUAUCAAGUAAGCAACCCUUGAAUUAUGUCUUGUUUCUUUUUUUAAUCACCAGAGAAAGUAAUAGUGAAAUAAUCAUAAUGAAGUCAGUACAAAAAGAAUUCCAGCAUAAACUACUCCUAGAAUGAAAUCCUGACUGGUUAGACAGUUUAUUUUUACCCAAAUAUAAAGCUUGCUUUAAAGAAGCAGAAAUAAUAGGUUUAAAUUUAAUGAAUGUGAACAAUAAUGACAUCUUGGCACUUGGAGUAAAAAAUGUUGGGGAUUGUCUAAAUAUAGAGGCCUAUAAUAAUUAAAAUGAUGCAUGAAACAGUGCUAAACACUUUCUUUAAUGUUAUUAAAUUUUCUUUAGUUUAAUUUUUCAUAUAAAAUGCUCUCCUAAAUAUUUACAUCUAUACAGAUAUUAAUGAAAAAUCACCAUUAAGUUGUUUUUGGUAUCUCAAUAAGUUGGUUUAAGUAGUGAUGAGAAAACUCAGUGAAUGUUUCACAAAAAAGUACAAAUUUGAGUGUUAUCUAAUUUAAAAAUAUGUAGAAAUUAGUUUAGAUAAAUUAGUUUAUCAUUCUACCAGUUUAGAUUACUUUGAUUGAUUAAGAAAGUCUCGAUUAUGUAUAUAAAGCUAAAUAUGAUAUUUGUGUAGAUUCUCUUGAAAUAAACAUGACUACAACUACAACAACAUGUCUGUGGAUGUAGAAGUAUGCUACUAAUAAUUUAUGUUACUGAUUCAACAAUUUGUUUUGUUUUUUUAAACCUGCUACACUCUAAUUUCCUUCAACAUGUUCACACUAAUAUAUGAUAAAAUCAUCGUCGGGUAAGGUUUCUUAGGUUUGUGAUGAAAAAUUAUUUGCACAGGGCUGAGCUGUAGUACAAAUCUAAAUGAUAUAACUAAAGGAAAGUAUGAAAUAGUCCAUUUUUAAUGUUUCACUAAAGCAAAAACCAAAGUAACAUUUAGUAUUUUUUUUGUAAUUAACUUGUGAAAUAAUUUAUACUAUUUUUGACAAGAAUGUAAUUGAAUGAGUGAGAGUUCUAUAUGCAAAAAUCUAUUAUAUUACUAUUCAUAAGAAUUUAAAAGUUUGUCUAUGACAUUUAAUGACAAAACUUUAUUAUGCUGUAUUGAAAAUCUAAUAGGGGAAAACAUACUUUUGGGUUAUGUUUUCAACACUGUAAAAUUUGAUUUAUUAAUACACAUACACAUAGGUGUUAAUAAUUCUCCAAGUGCUGCUUAUACUUAUUUUUUGUUUGAACAGAACUGGUUUUGUUCUUUAUAUAAUAUAUUGUCCAUUAAAUAUCAGUUUACUUGUAUUACUUCAUGAAUUGCAAGAAUUAUAAAAUUAUUGCUUUAGAAAUGUAUUAAAAAUUUAUUGGGUGUACGGAACCUCCCUCUGUUUGUUAUUACCUUAAUCACAAUUAGUUUUGGAUCAAAGUGUAUUUUUCUAAGCUAAGAUUUUUUACACCAGGGUUGUUGACCCAGUCAGCAACCAUACAAAACAAGCACCUUCAGUGAUGAGGAUUUGAACUUGUGACCCUCAGAUUGUGAGUUGAGCAGCGUUACCACCAGGCCCAUGGAACCCACUAACCCCCUUAAUAACUAUAUGAAAAAAUUUUGACAGUUCAUGUUUGUUCUAACUUGAAAAUAUUUUCACAGGUUUUAUAGCCAUAAGUGAUUAGAUCAGUCUGCUGAUACCUUACAAUGUAGCUACUUAUACUAACAUAUUAAAUAUUAAGGAAUAGUGCAUUGUUUUAUAUAAUAAAAAGAUGGUAUUCAUUCUUUAUCUCUUUAAAACAUGAGCCAUAAUAUUUUUUUUCAUUGAUGUUGAAAUGUAAAAAUAAUUCAUUUUUCACAAAUAGAAAGUUUAAGUUUGUGCUUAUUCUACAUAAGACAGAAAGUUUACUUAAAAUGAAGUAGUUUUGCAAAACUUCCUAGACAAGUAGUUUUUUUUCAGGCAAGGGAAAUAGCACAUUUAUUAAUUAAUUUAUUAAUAAUGCUAUUAAAAUAAAUAUCACAUUUAUUUAUUAAGCAGAAAGAAAUUUUAUCAGUUAAUCUCUAUUACUGAAAACAUUAAUAUUUCUUUAAAUUUUGCACAUUCAUUUAAAGAAGAUUAGAAAAUGUACUGGAGUUGACCUGUUUGAUAUGCAAAUUAUUUGCAAAAUGGCUAAGUUACGCUUGUCUCUAUUUGUUGUUUGGAUAAAAUUUUCAAUACAACUGUAAUACAGGAUGAGAAAAAUUGUAUAUCAUUAGUUAAUUUUAGCACAAUACUAAUCUAUACCUCUUGGAUCUUAUCUACAGUAUUGUAAAUAAAUUAAUCUGAUAAUGUAACCUACAUGCACUAAUAGAAUUUGGCCUAAAAAUUACAUCACGUUUUUCAUCAUAGAACAUUUUUUUGGAAGUGUUCUCACAUAAUGUUCUGUAAUUAUUCAUUGCAUAUAUAAUUGUUAUAUUUGUAAAAUACCAGUUAUGUUAUAUAGACAGUUAUAGGCUUGUAGACCAUGUAUAUUACACAUUGCCUUUAUUAUUAAAGUAAGUUCCAGUCAAAUGUUGAGCUAAUGUUUGGUUACAUGUUUAUGAUGCUUUCAUGUAAUAGUAAAAUUAUAUAUCAUGUAAAAAGUAUAUUUCCUGUGGUUGAGCCCAUCAACUCAACCCAUCACUGAUCCUUAUCAAGAUAUACAGUAGAUCCAUUUGUAGUGGAUUUAUUGUGGCUUUACAGUGAAUGUUGUAUUACUUUUAGAUUGUAAAGAUGUUAAUAAAAGUGGAAGCUAUCACCCCAUACCUCUCCA